AUGGCAAAUGCCCGCUUCCACUUGCAGCAGAUCGACGGCGGCCCAUCAAUGCCAUCAGAAGACCUCACCCAGGAACGCCGCAGCCGGCGCCGGCGUGCAGCGGCGCUCGCAGAAGUUUGUGAGCAUGUCCGCGCAGCGGUAGGCGCGGACGGGGCCGGUGCCAUCGUCGCCUGCGGUGAGCGUGUUCCUGACGCACUUCUUGCACUCCGGGUGGCACUCAUGCGCCGAAAUGUCAUUGCACCGGCACUUCGGCUGGAGCGCCCUGUUGCAAAUGCCGCAGUCGUCGCAGCACGGCCACGAGCCUGGUGUGCCGACGCAUGUUUAGUCAAAAAUGUCUAG